GCUGAAGUCAUGGCGCUCGUUUUACGGGAAGGUGUUUUAAUGGCUCCUCGUAUCGCUGACGUCUGUUGACGCGGGCUCUUGCGUGCCAGUGACUAGCUUGAAAGUUUCUACAGAGCACGGCUUCAAGUCGCCCACGGGCUUCAAAACACACAGCAGCGGUCGAAAUGAACCAGCGGGGCAGGUUUAUUUAGAGACGUGCUUUUGACCAGGAACUCUCGGGGUUGGUGGGGGGGAAGAAGACUUUUGAGACUCGGGCAUAAGCAAAAUAUUCACAGCAUCACUAAAACUCUCUAGCAUAGCCUUUAUGCUAGAGCUAAUAUUUAGUAGAAACAAGACAGCUUAUAAAACCCGCCUGAAUCUUUUAUAUUUUGACAGCUAUUUAUUUAAAUAAUAAGCUGUAUUUUAGUUAGCCAGUUAGCUGUUGUAGCCAUACAUUGUUUUGCUGUAAAUAUGCAAUGUUUACCGCAAUAUCAUUUAAAAUGACGAGUCAACAGGUUAAUACUGCUCCCACAGUUAUUUUGGCUUAAUUAAAAAAUAUAGAAGAAAAAUAGCUUGAUAUCGCUCAAUUUUUCGGAGAAUGUAAGUGGGCGUUUCAGCAUCCGGUUCUUCAUGAAGUGCAGUUUUUAACGAGAACACAACACAGCGCAGCUUUUUCUGUGGCAAUGGAUGAGGUUCAGCAGAAUAACAGUAAUGGCUCUGAGUCGCAAACUGUUACCAUCCCUACAACUAUUACUGCCUCUCAAAUAUCACAGAUAGCACAGAUGUCUCUGGGUGGGUCUCCGGUGGCUGUGGUUCAGCUACCCAGUGGUCAGUUCCAAGUGCAAAGUGUGAUUCAGUCAGCCCAGUCAUCAGUUAUCCAGUCUCCACCAGCACAAACACAGGGUCAAGGAUCUGACAGCGAUGAUUCUCAGGACUCAUCUGACAGUGGAGCCUCUAACCAGAAGUCAAGAGAGAUCUUGGCUCGGCGCCCAUCCUACAGGAAGAUUUUAAAUGACCUUUCAGCUGAGGAAGUGGCAACUCAGAAUGAGGGAGAAGAGGAAAGUUCCACCUCCUGUGCCAUAACAAGUGUCACGGUCCCUACCCCUAUCUACCAGACAAGCACUGGCCAAUAUAUUACGAUUUCAUCCAAUGGAUCUCUGCAGCUGGCUGGUUCAGAGGGGAUGCAAGGCCUGCAGACUCUCACCAUGACCAACUCAAACCCAAGCCAGCCAACUAUACUACAGUAUGCUCAGACUGCAGAUGGACAACAGAUUCUACUACCCAGCAACCAGGUCGUGCUCCAAGGUGCUGGGGGAGAAAUGCAAGCUUAUCAGAUCCGCUCCUCUUCCUCGUCGCUGCCUCAGACUGUUGUCAUGACAUCACCCGUCAUCAGCUCUCAGGGCAAAAGCGAUGACCCACAAAUGAAGAGAGAGAUACGCUUAGCAAAGAACAGGGAGGCAGCCCGAGAGUGUCGUCGAAAGAAAAAGGAGUAUGUGAAAUGUUUGGAGAACCGUGUGGCUGUGCUGGAGAAUCAGAACAAAACUCUUAUCGAGGAGCUCAAGACAUUAAAGGACCUGUACUGUGUUAAAACUGGCUAAUGGGACAGACCUCCAGUCAUGCUAAUGGAACUUUACUGGCAGACUUGUCUGCCUCCAUGCUCAUACAAACACAGGGACUUUUUGGCAUGGGGAAUGUGUUUAAUCCUCUUCCUGUCAGGCUUGUUUUUAUACAACUCAUUUUUAACUAACGAUUGACCAGAAACAACAAAAAUGCUUUUUCAGAAUAGAGGGACAGAGAGAGAACUUUUCCAUUACAUCUUUUUAAUUGCAGUCAACUGAUGUUUAUAUAUAUAAUAUACAUGAGUAUAUAUAUAUAUAUAUAAUAUACAUGUAUGGAUCUUGUGCAAGCAUUGGCACGUCUACACUGGGAGUUCUUGCUUUAGUCUUGACCCAUUUGGUUUCCAGGGAAUUUUGAAUGUUAAUUUUAUUGAAGCGCUAGCUGAAAGAUGUGUUUUUGUUCAGAGUAGAAAUACUGACAAUUUUUACACAUUAUCUCAAGACGCGCUUGAACUGUUUGUAUGAAAAUUGUAAUGCAAAUGUGUUUUUCAUGAAGUCAUGCAGUUGUUUUUUGCUAUUGUCCCCUUUUAGAAAGCUCUGGUAUUCCUAUUCCCAUUCCGCAUUUCAUUUUACUGAGUUUUAGUGUGACAUUUUCUACAGAGACUGAACAGAAUUUAAGGUGAGGACUUUAUGUGAGCUUUUACUAAAUAUGUGGGUGACAUGAAACAGUGGUAAGUACAUUUUAGACUCAAAAUAAGCCUUAUUCUGAAUUGAUAGACUAAUCACUUAGAAUUUAAAUUGUGUCCUUUUUAGUCCAAGACUUAUUUCUGACUGGUCUUUUAAGCCAUAUUCACAUUUAGGUUUAGACUGUUGUUGGUUUUAGCUAAUAGGCCCAAGACUUACUGCUGUUUAUAAGCCAGGCUGUUACAAGACAAUCAAAUCAGGGAGCAUACCUGCAAUUAAAAAAAAUCACGUGACAAUAAUAAACAAUGGAUGAAAAAAAGAUGUCACUUGAUUUUUGGUAAAGUGAAUCUAAAUAAAUAUUUUUCCAGCCUCAA